ACGUGGAAAUACUCACUCACUGGCCAUGUCUCUGCUCUACAUCCUCAUCCCUGUGGGUGUCGGCGCCGCGUUGUACGUGAUGAGGAAGUUGCGGGAGCGUCAUUUCGGCUGGGUGAGGAAUAAUUCCAGCCUGAAGGAUCGCAUAUUCGUGGUGACUGGCGCCAACACUGGGCUGGGCUUUGAGACCACUCGAGCCCUGGUGCAUCGCCAUGCCACUGUGAUUAUGGCUUGCAGGAACAUGGAAAAGGCACAGGAGGCUAUCACUGCAAUCCGGAAGGAGACAGGAAAUGGUUUCAUGAUUCCGCUGGAACUGGAUUUGGCAUCCUUUGACUCGAUCAAGUCGUUCGCAGCGAAACUAAUUGCGGAUUAUCCGCACUUUGACUGCCUGAUCAACAAUGCAGGAUUGGCGCUCAGGACGGAACAGACAACGAAAGAGGGUUUAGAGAUGCACUUUGGAGUCAAUCAUGUGGGUCACUUUCUACUCACUUCUCUCCUGAGUAAGAGGAUCAAGGAGAAUGCGGCGAGGGUCGUUGUGGUGUCGUCCAAGAUGCAUGAGAAAGUGACGGUUGAUGUUCAGAGCAUUGGAAAUCCGAUUUCUUCCUCACGCCGAGGAAAUCCCAACUACAACGCCUCUAAGUUAGCCAACUUCCUAUUCGCCAAGGAGUUAUACAAGAAAGGCUACGACGCCCACGUACUCUGUCCUGGCCUCUGCCACACGGAUUUCUUCAGGGAUUACAAUCCCAAGUGGUAUCACUACGUGCUCUUCUCGCCAAUUGCUUGGUGGUAUCUGAGAUCAGCUCGUCAGGGUGCCCAGAACAUUAUCCACUGUGCCACGGACAACGUGAAUACGGAGGAGAAGAAUCCAGGGAAGAACUACUUCGUAGUGAACCUCAAACAGACGAAAUCCAAGGCAAGAAUCCAAGAGGGGGACUCUGAAACUUUAUGGAAAAUCAGUGAACAAAAGGCGGGGAUCAAAUUUGAGUAG